CCGCCCCGUGCCCCCGCUCCGGGGAGCGGCAGAGAGUAAAUACAACAGGAGCGCAAAAUGGCGGAACCGCCGAACCCAGCUCGCGGCGCCGCGGCUGUCCUCUCUGAGAAGGAAGCGUUUGGCAAAGUACAGCCGUCCUCGCGGGAGUCUCCGGGUUCUAUGUCUGCCAAGAAGGUUCGCACCGAGGAGAAGAAGGCGCCGCGGAAAGUGAACGGGGAGGGGGACAGCGGCCGGAACGGCGGGCAGCCGCCGCCGCCGCCCGCCGCCCCGCCGCCGCCGCAGAGCUACGGCAGUCCGGCGGCGUGGAGCUUCGCGGUUCGGUCCGCCGCCGCCUCCCCGGCCACCUCUCGGAGCUGUUACUCUUUCUCCGCCAGCCCGAGCGUCUCCUCAGCCUCCGCUGCCUCGUCUCAGCCGGUGCCGCGCAAACUGCCGGUCGCUCCCUCGCUGCUGCACGCUCAGCCUCAUCGCGUCCUGCUCCCGCCCGUCGCUCCGCCGCCCACCGCCAAGCCGCGCAGACCGAAGGAGAAGCGCGACAAGGAGAAGCGGAGGCACGGCCUCGGCGGCGCCGCCCGGGAUGAGAACGGCGAGGCGAAGCUGCUGCCGCUGCCGCGAGGAGAUAAAAUCAAAGACAAAAUUAAAGAGAAAGACAAAGAAAAAGAGAGAGAGAGAAAGAAGCAUAAAGUAAUGAGUGAGAUCAAGAAAGAAAAUGGAGAUGUAAAGAUUUUACUGAAAGGUGGGAAGGAGAAACCAAAAACAAAUAUAGAAGACUUACAAAUUAAAAAAGUAAAGAAGAAAAAGAAAAAGAAACACAAAGAAAAUGAAAAACGGAAGCGUCCAAAAAUGUAUAGCAAAUCUAUUCAGACCAUCUGUUCAGGAUUGCUCUCUGCUGAGGAUCCAGAAGCCAAAGGCAUCUUAAGUGAUAAUGGAAAGGAUUGCAUUGGAAAAAAUUUGGAUACCAAAAACUGCGAUUCAAAAAUUCCUGAUAACAGUGACUUUCCAUCUGUAUCAUUAAAGGAGCCACGCGUCCAGAAUAACCUUAGAAGGUUGGACACUUUGGAGUUGAGGCAGCUCAUUCACAUUGAGCACCAGCCCAAUGGAGGUGCGUCAGUCAUCCAUGCCUACAGUAAUGAACUCUCCUGCCUGUCUCCUGUGGAGAUGCAGAGAUUUGCAGAAGAAUUUCAUGUCACUCAGGUAAAAAGAACAUAUUCUCAUGGUACUUACAGAGCUGGCCCAAUGCGACAGAUCAGCUUGGUGGGAGCAGUUGAUGAAGAAGUGGGAGAUUACUUCCCUGACUUCCUUGACAUGCUAGAGGCGUCGCCAUUCUUAAAAUGUACAUUGCCAUGGGGAACACUAUCUAGUCUGAAAUUAGAGAGUCGGAAAGAUAGUGAUGAUGGUCCCAUCAUGUGGGUGCGUCCAGGAGAGCAGAUGAUCCCUGUGGCAGACAUGCCAAAGUCACCCUUCAAAAGGAAAAGAACUACCAAUGAAAUAAAAAACCUUCAGUAUCUACCUCGAACCAGUGAGCCUCGGGAGAUGCUGUUUGAAGACAGGACGAGAGCCCAUGCGGAUCACAUAGGACAAGGCUUUGAACGACAGACCACCGCAGCUGUUGGAGUACUCAAGGCUGUGCACUGUGGACAGCGGCCUGACCAGCCCCGAGUAACCAAAGAUGUCAUUUGUUUUCAUGCAGAAGAUUUCUUAGAAGUAGUUCAACGAAUGCAAUUAGACUUACAUGAACCUCCACUGUCCCAGUGUGUACAGUGGGUUGACGAUGCAAAACUUAAUCAGCUGAGGAGAGAAGGCAUUCGCUAUGCCAGGAUUCAGCUGUAUGAUAAUGACAUUUAUUUUAUUCCAAGGAAUGUUGUCCAUCAGUUCAAGACAGUGUCAGCUGUAUGCAGUUUGGCAUGGCACGUUCGACUUAAAUUAUAUCACGCAGAGGAGGACACUUGUCACAGCACAGUUACUCAUGAAAAAGACCUAACAUCAGGUCCCACAUCAUCAGUUCUUGGGAUUCCCGCUGAGAACCAAACCUCCUCAGACUCUGUGUUGUCAGACAAACUUCAUCCUAAGUGUGAAUCACAAAUUAAACACGAACCUGCUGCAUCUCUAAGAAUCAAGGAAGAACCCAUGAUGGUUACUGUACCUGAAAAGAUUAGAACACCAAAUAAUACAGAAGGCAAGAACAGCAAGGCAAAGCUGGAUCACGUUCAGUUCUCAGAUUUCCAGAUGGACAGGGAUUCUAAAUGUGAGAACACCAACAAAGACUUCCAGGAAGACGCGUGUCCUGGAAGGCUCAGUAAUACAGUUGAUACACGGCAGCAUAGUUCUGUACAUUCAAAUCAAGACAAAAGUGAUGGCGGCAAUUUGUGCUAAAUUUGUACAUUGCGUAUAGCCUUUCUUUUAAAAAUAAUUUGUAAUGAUUCAUGAAAUCUGAAAGCAAGCCUAGGGAUUGCUCUCAAGUCUGUUACAAAAUAUAAUUUAUGUAGCUUUGUAACAUUCCUCAGUGCCUGUCCAUAACUGUGAAGUAUCAAGCACUUAGGGCCAGAUGCACCGUAAACAUUAUAGGCUUAAAUACACAGGAGUCUUUAGAAAAGUCAUUUGAGUUGGAGUAUUAGGCUUUAGAAUAGAGCUGACAAAAUCAUAUAAAUAUAUUUUUUGUAAUAUGAGCCAGAAUUUUUUUUGACAAUUUAAGGUUUUUCCAUAGAGCUUAUUUAUACCAACUUUUUUCAUUUUAAAUGUGUCAGCACUGUAGUGUAAAUAGCUUUACAAGACCUUUUUAGCGUGAUUUAUAUUGAAAUGUGAGCCACUUAAUAAAGGUUCAUAAUAAUAAAUACUUUCUGUUGAGCUUGCAAAAACUGACAAUUCAGUUUAAUUGUUUGAUAUAUUAUGUUUCUGUUGAUAUAUACAUGAGGGGAUGUGAUAGAGGGAAAAUGUGUGUUCAAAUCUAGUAAAUAUUUAAAAUUUCCCUUCUGUACAAGCAUUCAAAAAGUCAUGAUUCAGUUAUGAAAGCAUAUACAUAUGGAUUGUGUGUGUGUGUGUGUGUCUAUGUGUGUGUGUAUACAUGUGUGCUUGGGAAUGUACAUAUGUACAUUAUGUGUGUGUAUAUGUACCUGUGUGCUUGAGAAUGUAUAUAUGUACAUUGUUUUGCACAAUUUCUUAAAUUGAUGAAUAUAUAUUAGUGCUACUUCCUCGAUUGUAUUCUAAAAUAUUUAUGUUCAACCAUAAGAAAAUAAUUUAAUUAAUAGAGUUUUAAAGGUUGGGAGGAACAGUAUGUUGAUGGCUUUUAUCUUUCUUUUUUUUUUUUUAAGGGAGAGGUGAAGGAGGUAGGGGCACGGGAGAAAGCUCACUUGUCUACUCCAUUACCCCCGUCUAGCCGAAACGUUUUUUUUUUUUUUUUAGACUUUCACUAAAUGAUGUAUUUGAAGCUGAAGGUGGUGUCGCAGGACAGGCGUUUGUUCUUGCAUCUGCCACACAAGUCUUGACAGUGGGGGCGUUUAGGGUCCACAUGGCGAAGUCUGUCUGGGCAGGCACAUCUAGUUCUUUUACAACUUUGACAGGUGAUACCCUCCACUCGGAAAGGGUUGUAGGAUUUUCACACACACUGCAGAACUCGAUGGUGCGCUACACACACCACACAUAGCCGCUCUCCCACCGGAUGUUGCAGUCCUUGCAGUGAUAGUAGCCAUACUUCUGCUUUAAGAACUGGAAAUGCAGGCGCUCCUUGUCCUGCUCAGUGCUCUGCGGAGAGGCCCGGUCCCCAGGGGUAGCCGAGUCACCGGGGUCCUGAGCCAUCUCUGCGGCAGGCUCCCCACGCCCAGGCUCAGACUGCAUCGCAGCCACCCUGUCCGGGUCCUCCCCAGGGGCUUUUAUCUUUCUAAUCAAUGAAGUUAAUGUGGCUGGAGUCUUUAGUCCUAGUGUAAUUUUUUUAUGCAAGUAAUAAGUUGUUUAGAAAAUUUUCUAAUAAGCACCUAUAUGUUUAGUAAUAGCUGACUAAAAACAUUGACAAACAAUGUUUAAUUAUGAGUAAUUAAAAGUCUUCUUUUACAUUUUUCCAUAUCACAAAAAUGAACUUUUAAACUAAGGGCCCAGCCGUCGUACACAGAUGUAACUAGUGAAACACUGUCAGAUCAUCUUCCUCAGGACCCUUCUUCUCUAGCCUAAAGGACAAACAUAAGAUGUACUUCCUCUAAAGAUGCUCUAGGGAGUUAACUGUGCAGGAGACAGGAUGGCAGUGCCUGGAAGGUGAGUAGACGUCUGCGCCCCUGGACUUCAGCACCGUUCCAAUCUGCCUCCACUCUGUGUGGAUGUGAUGUGGAUGGAAGGAGCCCUAAUGAUCGCAAACGUUCUGGUGUUUGUUUUAUUCUGGGUGCCUGCCUUGGUUGAAGAUUCUCAGUUGGCUUUCCUUGUGCUGUGUUGCCUUUCCGGAGACCACUGUUUCCAUUUCAGUGGGUUCCAUUUUCACCUCAUUUGUGGUAAGCCAUCAAAGCUCAUGCUUCUAGUUGGGGAGAAACCACUUAGAGAAAUGUAUUUCACUAGAACUGAUGAACAUCAACACCAGCAGCAGUGUCUUAUCUCCAGACUUGAGGUAGGCAAAUAAAGUAGGAAAUGCUGGUGUCUUAUAGGAGGAUCUCAGGAUGUUUGCAGUGGGGGAAGUUUCAUGGAAUAAAGAAGUUAAAAAUCAUGACAGUGUAAAUAGGGGUUUGGUUUUCUAUGUAACUAGCUGUCUUUCACUGCACUCAUUAAAUCUACUCUAAGCUAAAUUUAGGGUUCUUCACCAUCUUUCUUAAGGUGGGAUAGCAAAAAUUCUUAACAUAUGAGUAUUAAGAAAUAGGAAGGGAUAUUGUUAAAAUUUAGUUUUUAAAUUGACAAUGAUAUAUUUAUCACAAUAUGCUUUAUUUCCAUUCGCAUAUAUGUAGACCCACUGAGGUCAUACUGUAAGAAAACACCGUUAGGGUAUCUCCAAAAUAUAUGAGCCUUAAGUUUUCUCUUAAAGGAAGGUACAUCUGAGAUAGCAUAGCCAUUGCUUUUAGGUACAGUUUCUUACAUAGUUAUCCAUACAGAUUAAUUGCUCUGUCAAAUGCAUACAUCUCUGUGAAGGUGAAGUAUGUAUAAAUCAGCAGGCUCAAGAUUUCAAGAUAAAGCCUUACAGACUUGAAUCAUGCUUAUGCCCCAGGCUUAACGGGUUAUUUUUUAAAGUCCUCUUCAGAUGCCAUUUGAGAACUUGUUAAUAACUACCUUUGUUACACACAAAUUCCUAUUUUAAUAUUGCAUAAUAAUGGUUUUCUAGUUAGUACACUCCAAUUCUCCAUGUGAAUAUAAGAUUUUUAUUUCCAGUAUCUUGGACCAGAACCACAAAGCACUCAAGGUAUAGUUUUAAUAAGGUCAUAUGCUAUAGAGAGUCAAUAUUAGAUAAGUUAUUAAGUGAGAGACAGACCUUUACGUAAAAACUUAGGUACCUCAGUGGUAUUUGAUAUAUAUACUUUUUUUUCUUUUUAAAAUUUUAUUUAUAUUUUCUUAGCUGUCUUAGCAUAUAUCCCAUACUCAGGUUAGCUAUCAAAAGAUUUAAACAUUUUUGAUAUUUAGUUGCAAAUUUACUUCAAGCCAUAUAUUGAUUAUCUUCAUUAUGACAAAACUAUUGACCUUAAUGAUCAGGUUGGUUUAGCACAACACUGUGUAUUGUAUUUAUGUGUGUAUUUCUGAAUAAGUUUGUUUGAAAUAUGGUUCCAAAAUAGGAGGGGUAGGAAAUUAAGGAUGGGAAAGAAUUUCUUAGGCUUAAAUGUUUAAGGAAUGUAAUAAGUGUAUUCAAAGUAGGAAUUUUUUUCAAAAUUUAGUUCUAUGUAAGGGUUUUUUUUCUUUUUCUUUUUGUAAAUAAUAAACUAGCGUUGUUUGGUAUUUUUGCUUUCUGAGGUGUUGAAAGGGACAAUUUAUUUAUAUGGAAAUGAUUAUUUCCACUUAGUCAAGGCACAGAUUUGCUUUUGGCAUUUGAGAGGCUAUUUUCCUUGUCUUCCACCUUUCAAUAAAUACUAAGAUUGAUAACCACAA